AUGGAGGACGCUCUGCUCGGAGCCAUGACGGGCCCCGAAGACGAGCUGGGCGCCGAGCUGUUCGGGCCGGAGCGUGGGUUUACGGACGGGCUGGCGCUGAGCCCCGCGACGGGUGCGGCCGAGCGGGAUGAGCUGCCUGUGCUGGCCGACGCCUACCUGGGCGCCACCGAGCCUGGGGAACAGCUGCUGCGCGCGCUCAGCCCCUCGCCGGGCGCCGAGGUACCGGCCGCCCUGCUCGGUGACUUCCCGGGGCUGCCCGAGCUCCGCACCCCAGACGACGCGCCGCCGCCCGCCUACAGCGUGCACGUGCUGUCGUCGUUACUUCCCGGGGCGCGCGGGCCCGCGCUGUUGCCGCUGAGCGCAGGAGUGCGCGUGAUCCCAGUUGAAAUCAAGGAAGCAGGUAGCAAUGUGCCAGGCAGCAACCCUGAAGAUGCGGCUUUCCAGACCCCUCUGACUCAGGAACCCUGCUGCAAGUUUCCAUCAUCUCAGGAGGCAGAGGAAGCUUCCGGCUGCCCUCGGAAGAAAGACUCCAGUCCCAUGGUGAUCUGUCAGCUGAAAGGAGGUGCCCAGAUGCUCUGCAUAGACAACUGUGGCGCCAGGGAGCUCAAGGCACUCCAUCUGCUUCCUCAGUAUGACGACCAGAACAAUUUCCCACAGUCAGAUCUCCCUAAGCCAAUGACAACUUUAGUGGGAAGACUUCUGCCAGUACCAGCAAAAUUAAAUCUCAUCACACAAGUUGAUAAUGGAGCUCUCCCAUCGACUGUCAAUGGAGCUGCCUUCCCCUCAGGACCCACUAUGCAAGGGCCACCCAAAAUAGCUCUGGCUGGAUACUGUGACUGCUUCGCCAGCGGGGACUUCUGCAACAGCUGCAGCUGCAACAACCUACGCCAUGAGCUCGAGCGCUUCAAAGCCAUUAAGGCGUGUCUUGAUAGAAAUCCUGAAGCUUUCCAACCGAAAAUGGGGAAAGGCCGGCUGGGCGUGUCUAAGCUGCGACACAGCAAAGGGUGCAGCUGUAAGCGCUCGGGCUGCCUGAAGAACUACUGCGAGUGCUAUGAGGCCAAAAUCAUGUGUUCUUCGAUUUGCAAAUGCAUUGCUUGCAAAAACUAUGAAGAAAGCCCAGAGCGAAAACUGCUGAUGAGCACACCCCACUAUAUGGAGGCUGGGGACUUUGAAGGCAACCACCAUCUGUCCCCAGCCAAGUUCUCAGGACCUCUAAAACUGAGAAAAAAUAGGCAGACCUUCUCCUGUAUUUCCUGGGAAGUAGUGGAGGCCACAUGUGCCUGCCUGCUGGCCCAGGGCGAGGAGGCAGAGCAAGAGCGCUGCUCUCCAAGCUUGGCCGAGCAGAUGGUCCUGGAGGAGUUCGGAAGGUGCCUGUCACAGAUUCUCCACAUCGAGUUCAAGUCCAAGGGGCUGAAAAUUGAGUAGAGUGCAAGCUGGUAAAG